AUGUGUUAUUGUAACUCCUCGUUGACUACAAAAAACACAAUUAAUACGAGUGCCGAAGAGCUUAGGGAACAGAUCAGAGAUAUUGAAUACAAUGUGACAAACAAUAUAUUCGCUGCCAGUAAUGAAGAGUCACCGGAAUUGCCAGUAAUUCCCGUAUUCCGGGAACUAAUAGAUUAUAAGGGUUUGAAUCAAUUGGAGUGCAAUCGGAUGCGGGAAUUGAUGACCGCUUCCAAUGUAUUCAACUAUCGGUUAAAUAAUGAGAAAAUAGUUAAAGAAAUAUUAGGCUUGGAAAAAAUGAUUGUGAAUUAUUCACAUUUGAAUGAGAAAUUUGUGACCGAUUUAAUCAGUUUUGCACAACAUUUGAUGGCAUUCAACACUAUCUGUCCCAACGAUCGCUUGGCUUUAGUUAAAUACGGCGGCAAAGACUUGAUUUUAAGAUCAGUUCAGAUUGAUUUGUGUAUGUUUGAACAGAAACAUUAUAACUCGUUGAAAUAUUACUAUGGACAAUUUAUACUGGUGUGGGAUUACGGCGACCCGAUUAUUAUAAACCUGGACAGCGACAAUGAUAUGCGACUUCUUGCGUUAAUGUAA